AUGCGCACCGAAGAGUCAUUCUCGCAGCCCAAUGGCGUCGACAUGUCGAUGCGCGAUCUAGGCUCACCCACCGAGCCCAGCGAAUCCUUCUACCACCAGACCGGACACCAGAUCACGCUCCCUGAUGGCGAGGUACCGUCGGCGCUACCUCCGCUGCCACAUCCAGAUACCAAGAGCAGCGAGGAGAAGCAGGCGAUGCUGACCGACCUCUUCGCCGACCAGACGCGGACAGACUUUACCCACCACCCAGCGAUACUACAUCUAUCAGGUGCCGACCUUGACAUGCCCAUCGACAACAGCGCCAACACUGCACUACACUGGGCCGCCACCCUGGCCCGCGUAUCACUCAUGCGAUUGCUCGUCUCCAAGGGCGCAAACAUGUUCAGAGGCAAUGCAGCCGGCCAAACGCCCCUGAUGAGCGCAGUAUCAGUCAAUAACAGUCUGGACCACAGCUGCUUCCCCGAGACACUCGAGAUCUUGGCACCUCUCAUCGAGCUGCGCGACACCCAGGGUCGGACCAUUCUCCACCACAUCGCAGUCACGUGCGCUAUCAAGGGCAGGGCAGCGUCGAGCAAGUACUAUCUCGAAGCCCUGCUAGAGUACCUAGUCCGCAGCAACAUCGGCGCCAGCCAAGCAAUUUCGUUCCAGGACAACUAUCCCAAGCCUAUUGGACUUAUGCGAUUCAUGCAGGAGAUGGUGAAUGCUCGCGACAAGGCUGGCAACACCGCGCUCAAUCUUGCAGCACGCAUCGGCAACCGCAACAUCAUUUCCCAGCUCAUGGAGGUCCAAGCUGAUCCCACCAUCCCAAAUCACAAGGGGAACUAG